UCGGGGUGACCAAGCUUAAGUUUCCUUAUCUGAAAAGCAGGGACACUAGUCUCCAUCUCGUUUACUCGGGACGGGACAAGACGACCAAAAAAGAGAGGAUUCCUCAUCAGGUUUAUUACUCGUUGCCAUUCUUGCAAUGAUUACCGCCCCCGUUGCUGUGGUUGGGGGAGGCGAGCAAAGGGCAGCGGCUGCGAGCGCCCGCCCCCGCCCCACCCUCCCAGCCCCGGACAGCGCAGGCUGCGGCUUUUCGUCCUCCACUGAGUCCUGCCGGUGGCCCGAGCCCGGUGGCCUCCCGGCGACCCUCGGCGCGAGGCGACAUGGCAGGCGGCCACAGCCUCCUGCUGGAGAACGCGCAGCAAGUGGUGCUGGUGUGCGCCCGCGGCGAGCGCUUCCUGGCGCGGGAUGCGCUGCGCAGCCUGGCGGUGCUGGAAGGCGCCAGCCUGGUGGUGGGCAAAGAUGGAUUUAUAAAAGCUAUUGGUCCUGCUGAUGUUAUUCAAAGACAGUUUUCUGGAGAAACUUUUGAAGAAAUAAUUGACUGCUCUGGGAAAUGUAUUCUACCAGGUUUGGUGGAUGCACACACACAUCCAGUAUGGGCUGGUGAAAGAGUUCACGAAUUUGCAAUGAAGUUGGCAGGAGCCACCUACAUGGAAAUUCACCAGGCCGGAGGAGGGAUCCACUUUACCGUGGAGCGCACGCGCCAAGCCUCAGAGGAGGAGCUGUUCCGCUCCUUGCAGCAACGGCUCCAGUGCAUGAUGAGGGCUGGCACCACGCUGGUGGAGUGCAAGAGUGGAUAUGGCCUCGACCUGGAGACCGAGCUCAAGAUGCUGCGCGUGAUAGAGCGCGCCCGGCGGGAGCUGGACAUCGGCAUCUCGGCUACCUACUGCGGGGCUCAUUCAGUGCCUAAAGGAAAAACUGCUACUGAAGCUGCUGAUGACAUCAUCAAUAACCACCUCCCAAAGCUGAAGGAACUUGGCAGAAAUGGGGAAAUACACGUGGACAAUAUCGACGUAUUUUGUGAGAAAGGUGUCUUUGAUCUCGAUUCCACCAGAAGGAUUCUUCAAUGUGGAAAAGAUAUAGGGUUACAGAUUAACUUCCAUGGGGAUGAACUCCACCCGAUGAAGGCUGCUGAGCUUGGGGCUGAACUGGGAGCGCAGGCAAUCAGCCACCUGGAAGAAGUGAGUGAUGAAGGCAUCGUUGCCAUGGCAACGGCCAGGUGCUCUGCCAUCCUUCUGCCCACCACAGCCUACAUGCUGAGACUGAAACAACCUCGAGCCAGGAAGAUGUUAGAUGAAGGAGUAAUAGUUGCUCUGGGAAGUGAUUUCAACCCCAAUGCAUAUUGCUUUUCAAUGCCAAUGGUCAUGCAUCUGGCCUGUGUAAACAUGAGAAUGUCCAUGCCUGAGGCCUUGGCCGCUGCCACCAUCAAUGCAGCUUAUGCACUGGGAAAGUCUCACACACACGGAUCGUUGGAAGUUGGCAAACAGGGAGAUCUCAUUAUCAUCAAUUCAUCCCGAUGGGAGCAUUUGAUUUACCAGUUCGGAGGCCAUCAUGAAUUAAUUGAAUAUGUUAUAGCUAAAGGAAAACUCAUCUAUAAAACAUGAUAGAUUUGAAAAGAGAAGACUUUUUGACUAUAUGAAAUAAGUCAAUAUAGUUAUAUUAAAAGUUAAAACACCUUAAUAUUUACAAGAAUUAUAUCACUUAAACCUAAAUGUACUUCAAUGUCUUUUUAAGUCACUCAAAAAACCCAAGGGAUAGAUUUAUUUUAACGCAUGCAUUUGACAUAUAAACAGGUAAACCUAUUGUGAUUAAAAUCACAAAACAUCCAAUUAUUUCACAAAUAUUGGUUACAAAUAUUCUGUAGAUUAAUAUGAUGGGGUAUCACAAAAAUGCCUUUGUGGGGAAAAGUAGGCUUGGCUUAAAAUUUCCAUUUUGUGUCUGUAUUUCACAUCUCAGUUUUUAAACUAUAUUUAGUGACCAUUGAGGGAUCGAAAGAAAUCUAAGUGAUACGCCCCAAUGAAGCUAAAAUAUAGCCUUCUGUUAAGCAAAUAGUAUUUCCUUUCCCCAAGUAGUUCAUUUUCUAGAUGCUUGUCAAAUGAAUUAAUGUCCUCUGAUGAAGAGUGUCCUUCCGUUUCUAAGGUCUUCUCAAUCUCAGCAAUAGAGCUUCCCAGCAGCAUUCAAGACACAUCAUUUAUACACAGGCACAGGGGCCUUCCUGAAAUGGGUGCAUUUUUACCAACUACAAUCAUGUAAUUUUUUUGGAAAUUUUUUAAAACUUUUGAUUCUUUACAUUACAAUUGGGUGAAACACAUUUUACAGCUCUCAAUAAAUGUUUGCUGUCGCUCUUAUUGUUGUUGUUUCCUUUCAGCCUGGAAGUAGAUCAGCAGCGUUGUCUAUUAGAGUUUUUAGGAAAUUACAAAAUUAUUUGUAAAGAGUCGAUAAUUAUUUACAUAUAAAUGGGUGUUUUUAAAAGCCA